AAGGCGCAGCUCUUGCCUCGCUCAGCCAAAGAUAAAGGAAGUCUGUCAUGCGCUGAGGGAAUUCAGUCUACAUUUUCAAAGGAUUCAACUUGUAGUCAACAAUUGGCUGCAGUGGCUAAUUGUCAUUCAAUGGAAUUUCCUAAGGAAGAUAGUCAAGAGGACGCACCAGAGUGUCCGGUGUGUUAUGAGUGUCUCUCGGGCACAGAGAGGACUCUGAGCUGCGGACAUGUGUUCUGUCACGACUGCCUGGUCAAAACGCUGGUCAGCAUCAAUGGCGAUGGAAAUAUCAGAGACACUAUUGUUUGCCCUAUCUGCCGACAUCUUACAUUCAUCAAGAAACAAAAGGAAGCGCUUGUGUGCCUUAUGGACAAGGAUCCAGGUGGAGGGCAGACCCUGGAGGUGCCCCUGCCUCCACCACCGAGACACACCCAGAGCGCACGGCGCAGCUCCACUUUGCCGGUAGAACUUAAUUGGAUGUAUCGCUGCUUCAGGGAAAUGUCUGAACGAAUCCGCCGACAGAGGUUGAUCAGCCCCAGCCAUAAAGCAUCUCAGAUUUUUAUCAUAAGCGCUCAAGGCCGACCCAUGGCAGAAGACGAUGCGUUUAGUGUUGUGAUGACUGUGGUUCCACCGCAGCGCAGGCAGAGGCGAAGGCGCAGGAUUUGCACCACUGCAAGAUGCCUUAUCGUUCUGCUCUCAGCUUUUACUCUAUUGGCACUAGUGGCUGCAACGCUACCCUGGAUUUUGUUGGCAUAGCACCGUGAUGUGGGUUUAUGGAUUAUGAUGUGCCAAUAGGGGAUGAUACAUUGACAAUUAUAGCGAAUAUAUUCUUAUGGAAUUAAGUUUAUGGUUGCUAAGCAAUGAAGUGUGUGAAUAAUGUGUUUGUCUUUCUGAUGAAAAUAAGGCAUUUCCUUACAGAAUCAAAAAGUAAAAAAUGUUCAAUUAAGUGAAUAUUUUGAGUUGAAAAGUGGGUUUAAGAUAUAAUUAGGUAUCGUGAUUCCUCUCCUGGUUUUCAGGUCAGAAGUCAGAAGGUGUAUGCCCCUUUGUGUGCAUUACCAAGCAACAGUAUAGUAAAGUAAAGUCAAGGUUGAAGCUUUGACAGUCUUUUGUUUUGCAUUCCUGUCUGUGACAUGUUCGACAUGUUUGAUUAGAAUAAAAAAUGCAAUACAUCCUAA